AUGGCGGACUCAAUUAUCCGCCCGGAGCUCGGCCAAACCCCUGAGCAGGCAAAAAUAGACCUCUUAUUAGUUGGCAAUGUCACUGUUCAGUACCUGGCUGAUAUUGUACAGAAAUUCUUUUCAAAUUCAGCAGAAGUCACCGUCACCAUUAGUGAUGCGAAGAAGGCAGCAGCACUUGUGGAUGAUUUCACGUUCAACAUGGUUUUUCUGAAGUUGACUCCUUUACCAACUGCCGAGGAGCUGGAAGCUGUCAAAUUAAUUAGAUCUGGCAAGAAAAAAAAUACACAUUUGCUCUUUGUUUUUAUAAUCCCUGAGAACUUUAAAGGUUGUAUUUCAGGUCACGGAGCUGAUAUUACUUUAACUGAACCACUGACAAUGGAAAAAAUGAGUGUUGUGAUAAAAUACUGGAAAACAUGUUUCUCAAAUACUGUUAAGAAUGAAAUUUCUGUGAAGCCUGAAGAACCUGAAUUGCCCCUGCAGAACUCCUGCAGUGAACACCUGAGAUAUUUUUCUACUGAUCUAUUUGCUUGCUCUGAAUCUCUAAGAAAUGACAUUGGGCUUGAAUUAAAGGCUCCGUUGUCAAAUUUCGAGAAAAACAAAAAGAUUUCUCUUCUUCACUCAAGCAAGGAAAAGCUGAGAAGAGAAAGAAUCAAGUAUUGCUGUGAGCAGCUGCGUACCCUGUUGCCGUAUGUGAAGGGGAGAAAGAAUGAUGCAGCUUCGAUUCUCGAGGCAACAGUUGACUACGUGAAGUAUGUCCGGGAGAAAAUCCCUCCAGCCGUCAUGGGCCAGAUUACAGAAGUACUUCAGAGCAAUAGGAGGUUUUGUAAGAAACAACAAAUGCCCAUCCAGCUAUCCGCCCCAGGCACGAUUAUGGCACAAAGAGAAAACAGUGUGUUGACAAGCACUUAUUCACCUGUGAGAGGGAUCAGAUUCCUGGCUAAUAAGCGCUUGAACAUGUACUCUGUUCCUGCCUCCGGGGCUCCCUUGGAUGAAGCUGUGAGGCAACAGUUUUGGGCGUAUUAAUAGCACAUGUUUGAAAUUCACACUCUAGACCACCUAUUGGGUGCCGUUUGACAAUACGGGAAGAAUGGAACAAAGAAUGAUCUUGAAAGCUACACCCAGAGACCUAAUAUCAAAAGAGUUUGCAUUGUAUGGCUUCUGAUAAAUGUGCUAAAAGCUUCUGCAGUCAGAAAGACAGGCAGCAAAAGUGCUAGCCAUAGGUUUUUACUUAUCUUCACACAUACUUGGAUCUCCCCCAACCCAGGUGCUACAAGAACAAACGGCCUAGGUGACCUAAACUCUUUUUUUUUUUCUCAAAAAAUAUUCCACAAUUUAUGCAAAAGG